GGUGGGACCCACAAGAUGCCUGCGGCAAAAAGAUUUCCAUUUGGACUUCCAUACAAACUAAUAGAGCAACUUACUUUGUCUUUACAGGUCACAGCCAAGACUGCCUUCUUGUUCAUCUUACCUCAGUAUAACGUCAGUGUGCCUACAGCAGAUGGUGAAAUUGUUCUUUAUCACUACGGGCUGAAGGAUUUGGUCACAAUCCUCUUCUACAUCUUCAUAGCAAUAAUUCUGCAUGCUGUGGUGCAGGAGUAUGCCUUGGACAAAAUCAACCGGAGGCUCCACCUUUCCAAGAUCAAGCACAGCAAGUUCAAUGAGUCUGGGCAGCUGGUAGCAUUUCAUAUUGCCUCCAUGGCCUGGUGCCUAUAUGUACUGGCAACGGAAGGAUACUUAUCAAACCCCAAGAGUCUGUGGGAGAACUACCCUCAUGUUCAUCUCCCGUAAGUAGCCACAGAGUACAACCACUUCCUUCCUUGUUGGU